UCAGAUGGACUGUCAUCCUGAAUCAUAUUGACAUUGUAGUCGCGUCUGUCUGUAACGUACAAUGUGUCGGAAGCUGUUGCCGAUUUUUGUAACAUAGAUUGUGUAUAAAUAAUUACAUAAAAGAAGAAAUUGUUUGUGUGAUAUUACUUUUUGUGUUUAAAAUCUUAACUUUUGAUUCGAAAUGGAAACAUCGGAUGCGAAAAAUAAAUAUGUCAACAACGAAUCUGUUGCAGAUAAAGAACAAAAUGAGCCAGCAGAUUUCGAAAAAGCUCUACACGCCACCGGAUUUGGUUGCUUCAAUUUGCUGUUAGUACUCGCUGCAAUUCCUGCCAAAUUAUCCAUUGUCUUCUCAACAACGACCAUGGCUUAUAUCCUGCCAAUUGCAGAAUGUGAUUUGAAGUUGACGUUGUUCAAUAAGGGGGUCCUGAAUGCUGUCACAUUUGCCGGUAUGAUUUCAUCGGCCAUUGUUUGGGGCUAUUUGGCCGAUACACAGGGUCGGAAGAAAAUUCUGGCUUUUGGCUUGUUGGCUGAUGCAGUGUGUGUUUUCUGCAGUUCUUUAAGUCAGAAUUUUGGAAUGUUGGUAACAUUUAAGUUUUUGGGUGGAUUGAUAGUCAAUGGACCCAGUGCCGUAUUGGUUACAUAUUUAACCGAAUUACAUGCAGCCCAUCAUCGGCCAAGAGUUUUGUUGUUUUUAGGUAUUAUUACAUCGUUUGGAACAUUGAUGUUGCCGUUGUUGGCAUGGUUGAUAUUGCCAAGGGAUUGGGAGUUUGUCAUCAAGGGAUUUAAUGUACACACCUGGCAGAUAUUUCUCCUGGUCUGUGGCCUGCCAAGUUUCAUAAGCGGUGUCAUACUUCUAUUUCUACCCGAAAGUCCGAAAUUCUUAAUGUCACAAGGACAUAAUGGAGAGGCUAUGAGGGCAUUUCAAACAAUCUAUGCCCUAAAUACUCGAAAACCCAAGAACACAUUUCCAAUCAAACGCCUUAUUGAAGAAGUUCCGACACGUGAUGUUGUAAGCAACGAAGCGGUUUUUACAAUUGAAAAAACCUCAGACGUAACACCGAAACGCCUGCAUCGCAGCAUGUCUCAAAGUUUGCGCGAUGGUUGGCAACAAACGAAGCCCAUGUUCAGUAAGCCGUUGCUAACAAGAGCUCUGCAUGUCUAUCUCAUGCAGUUUUCAAUAUUGAUGGGAUAUAACACCAUACGCCUGUGGUUACCUCAAUUAUUCGCUUCCAUCUCCGAAUAUGAGCAGCAAUAUGCCAAUACCGAUGAAUCGACAAAUUUGUGUGCCAUUUUGGACUACAGUGUUAACAAGACAGCAACAAUUGUUUCGAGCUAUGAACAAGAUUGUGUUGAGCACAAAAAUGUUUCAGUUGACAUGUACAUGAACAACAUGAUUGUAUCGAUUUCGGGAAUUGUGGGUUAUUGUUUUGCUGGACUAAUUGUGCGUGCUGUGGGCAACAAGCGCUUGUUAACAUAUGGUCUGCUGAUAUCCGGAGGAUUGGGAUUGAGUCUGUAUUGGUCCAGCAGUGGUUUGACUACAUUAAUUAUAUCCUCAAUGUUUAUAACUUUGUGUGGCAUAUCGACAUCUUCACUGAUGGGAAUGGUGGUUGGCUUAUUUCCAACUACAUUAAGGACAAUGAUUGUUGCACUGUCGAUGAUGUUCGGACGCUUGGGCGCCUUGUCGGGAAAUUUAAUGUUUCCGGUGUUAAUUGAAAUUGGCUGUAUACCACCAUUUGCAAUGGUCGGAUCGGUGUUGAUAUUCGCUGCUGCUCUGUCGUUUAUUUUGCCAAAGAGGUCAAUAUUUACCUAGGAAUAUUGAUAUUUAACAAAUGUUUAUAGAGAUAUUAUUUUUUUAAUAAAUUAUAUAGUCAAUUCGAA